CAAUCAGGAAGAUGGGAAGUUGAAAAGAAGCAGAAUGCUUUUAAGCAUCUGAUAUCUUAAAGUAAAUUUAACCCCUUCCCGCCGGCGCCUCCCAGCCCUUUAAGAGUUUCAGACACUGGGAGGCGGGGUGGGUAGGGCGUGGUUUAGGGAUCAUGUGACCGCUAUGACGCGUCGUCACGGUGGUCACAUGAUCGGGAAAGGUCCCGAUCAAAAGAGCAGACCGGGACCUUUCCGUGAAUACCGGACAUGUGUGCUGGGAGCAUGCAGGGCGCACGUUCUCAGUACAUAUGUUUUUUCUUACAUGAACGCAAAUGUGCGGCCGCUCUGCAUCUAGGCCCAGAUGCCAGGAGGCCCCACAUUUGUGUGCGGCCGGCGUAA